GUAAUAUUACGUGUUUAAGCGGCUUGAUUUUUUUAUACUUAUUUUACUUCAGUGAGAUAGAUUUAACAGGAAAAAAUAUCUGGAAAUACGCAAUAAAUGAAUUGAUCAGUUUUAUCUAUGUUAAGAUUGUGUAUGAAAACAUCGAUUAUGAAUGGUGAAUGGAACGAACAAAUAUCUUUAUAGUAUUGAAAAAUAUUGUUGACCAGACAGAGAGGUGAGCGGAUAUUGAAAAAAGAAAGUAAAUGCUACAAACAAUGCAUGGACGGGUCAUGCAAUUUACAGGGUGUAUUGUCCUGGUUGUUUUGAUAAUUACCAUUACAGUAUUGAUGGGGCAGAGCAAGACUGACUACGCCGUCUUUGUACGCUUCUAUGGUACGUAUUUGAACUAUUCGAGGUCAAACAAAUUUAACGUAACCAUAGAAACUACUGGUCAGUACAAGUUACAAUUUCCUACAUUGAAAAGAUCUGACACACGCGUAAAAACAUAUUCUGAUAAUCAUCAACAACAACAACAGCAGAAACAGGAAGUGCGUCAUAUUGGAUUCUUGAAAGUUCACAAAGCAGCAAGUUCUACUAUGCAAAAUAUAUUCUUCCGGUUUGGACUAAAACGGAAUUUAACGUAUGUAUUUACAAAGCAUCCGAAUUACUUUUCUAGAUCGGCCAAAAUGCACUUACCAUUAGUGAAACCCCGAUAUAGAAAAGGAUAUGAUAUCAUUUGUAACCAUGGUGUUUUCAAUUAUGACAUUUACUCCUCUCUUCUACCUAAAGAUACCGUUUACCUGGCUAUUGUAAGGGACCCUCUUGCAGUGUUUAUUUCAGCCGUUAACUAUUACUCUCAGAAAUCGCAACAAAUUGAUUACAUUGUACGAAUUAGAGGAAACAGGCUACAGGAACUUAUUCAAAGACCAGAAGUGUAUGAUAGGGAAUUCUUCUCGUAUACUAAAAACGUGAUGGCACGAGACUUUGGGUUUCCGGAAAGUAACGAUCAAAGCCGAAUAGAAGCGAAGCUAAAAGAAUUAGAUCAAAUAUUCAAGCUAGUUUUACUGGCUGAACAUAUUGAAGAGUCACUUAUAUUGAUGAAACGGUAUUUGAACUGGAAACUGCAAGACAUCUUGUUUCUAUCAAAUAAUGUUUAUGGAAAGGGGCAAACAGGGGCAGAUCUUACAUUAAACGAUACGGAAAAGUUCAAAAUACGAAACCAGCUCGAUUACGCUGUAUACAAUUUUUUCUACAAAAAAUUCUGGGAUCAGUAUAAUUCGGAAUCAGACGACAUUAACUCAGAAGUAAAACUUUUUAAAAAUGUUCUUUUUGAUCUGAAUAAUUUCUGCAAUAACAGGGCACAUGAAAACAAUGGCAGUGUGCUGACAGUGGAAGAAUCGAAAUGGACUGAACAAUUUACUGUGAAAUUUGAAGACUGUAAAUAUAUGGCCAAAGAUGAGCUAAAGUUUAUUACUCUGUUACGCCAAAAACAAGGAAGUGAACUACGGAUUCCAACUUUUGUGUAAUGAUAUAUAAUUUUAAGUAUAAGACGAAUGUCUAUAAUUAUACGCUUUUAUACUGGAACAUUAACUAACAAACUGAGAAUGUGAUACUGACUAAAACGGUCACCGUGGAUACUUCCAUGCGUGGGAGAAACAAUGAUGACAUGAGAGAUAUUUUCACGCACGGAAGAUAUUGAUUUGCACGUGUGAUAUUCACAUGCACAGAGAUUUCUUACUUAUACAUAGGAUUUUUUGCACGGAUGGUAUUUACUAGCACAGAGGAUGCUAGCACGGAGGAUUCCUGCUUAAAAAGAAGAUUCUUGCAUCGAGGAGAAGAAAUUUACUUGCUUAGAGCAUUUAGUUUUGCACGAAGGGUACUUACUAGCAAGGAGGAUGCUAGUACGGAGGAUUAUUACUUACAAGGAAGAUUCUUGCACCGAGGAGAGGACAUUUACUUGCUUAGAGCAUUUAGUUUAGCACGGAGGGUACAUACUAGCAAGGAGGAUACUUACUAGCACGGAAGAUUCUUACUUACAAGGAAGAUUCUUGCACCGAGGAGAGGACAUUUACUUGCUUAGAGCAUUCGGUUUUGCGCGGAGGGUACUUACAAGCACGGAGGAUUCUUACUUACAAGGAAAAUUCUUGCAACGAGGAGAGGACAUUUACUUGUUUACAGCAUUCAUUUUGCAUAAGGAUACCAACUUUUCAUUUCAAAAACCGGGGACACAUUGAUAUAUUCAUAUAAUUGCAAAAAUCAUUCCAGUGGAAACAAAAAAAAAUUUAAGAUUAAUCAAAAUAAAUGUUAAUUGUCAGCUAUUAAAUACGUUUGAUACCAGGGUAACAUUUUAUUGCUUAGAUAUUUGAAAGAAUUUGAACAGUAAACAGCAAAUUCUUUGUUAUUUUGAUCUGGGAUUUAUACAAUAUAUGCUCACCAUGAACAAAUAUUCAAAGGUAAACAACCUGCUGCCAUAUUUGUAUUGUUUAAAAUAUGCUGCUGAGACACAGUACUGAACAGCUUUUACCAUUAGCACGCAUUUUGUUUACUAUACAGUAUUUUGUUUCAUUACACGUUUUUCAGUGAAUUAUCGAAGUUUUAUAGUAAAAUAUGUCAGGCAUUUACACAGUGAAAAAUAAUUAAUUCACGGGUAACAAAAUUAUAAAACGGGUAAAUUUACUCAAAAACAUGAAACAAAGAUUGUUUGCUUUACACACAAGAUCAGUUUAUCUUUCACUUAUCUUUUUUUAUGUGAACUUGAAAUGUUUUAUUUAUUUGUUUUUACAUGUAUAGUCUCCUACAAAUCUGUAGAGAUUGGCUUUGUGUUACAUGUACUGUACAUAUUAUAUUUGUUCAUGUGUACACUGAGUUUGAUUUGAAUUGAAUUGAACAUGAACAGCGUAUUUUACAUUUUCACUCGUUGCUAUGCCAACCGUGAAAAUAUUGUAUCCAGUAUUCACUCGAGAAAGAUAUGUCAAUUUUACAUUGGAGCAAACGAAUCUCCUGUCUCUUCAACGUAUAUAUUUGAUUUUACUAUAUAA